CCUCCCCGCAUGGGAAGCCAGACGCUUUUGUCUUCGUGCCACUGUGGCCGCCUUGGCCCCGCUCAGGCCCCAGCUUGGCUCAGGCCCAGGGGUCCUGGCUGGAGAGACCACAGCCAGAGGGCGGACCGCGAGCUUGGCCUUUGGAGGACUCUGUUCUCCAAGAUAUGGGAGCAUCAAGAUGGGGAGCAGUGGCCCCUGUACUCCUGACAGCCAGAGCCUCCCAGGAAUCCGUGACAUUCGGGGAUGUGGCCGUGGAUUUCUCCUGGGAAGAGUGGGGACGUCUGGGUCCCUCUCAGAAGAAACUGUACCGGGAGGUGAUGCUGGAGAACUACAGGAACCUGGUCUGCCUGGGCCUUGCCUUUUCCAAGCCACACCUGAUCUCCCAGCUGGAGCAAGGGGAAGCGCCCUGGACACCAGGAGAGAGUCAAAGAGGGGACUGUGCAGAUUGGAAGAGUAGACAGCCUAACAAGAAGUCAGAUCCCAACAUGGGAAUUUCUGUGGAAGCACCAUUCCAGGAAAAAAUCAUACAAAAUGGCUCUUGUGUCCUCAAUUUGAGAGAAACCUUGGAAUGUAGUACCAGAUUAGAGAAGCAGCAGAAGAGAAGGGAGAAACCUUUUGAAUGUGGCAAGGCCUUCAGUUGGAGGGUGCAGUGUCUUCAAUGUCAGAAAACUCAUGUUGAACAGAAACUUUAUGAAUGUCAUGACUGUGGGAAGGCCUUCUGCCAGAGCAGUGAAUUCAUUCAACACCAGAGAAUUCACACUGGAGAGAAACUUUAUGAAUGUAAUGAAUGUGGGAAGGCCUUCUACAGGAAGACAGGCCUUACUGAACAUCAGAAAACUCAUACUGGAGAGAAACCUUAUAAAUGUAAUGAAUGUGGAAAGGCUUUCUACAGGAGCACACACCUUACUCGACAUCAGAGAAUUCAUACUGGAGUGAAGCCUUUUGAAUGUAAUGAAUGUGGGAAGGCCUUCCAUUGGAGGACAGGACUUACUGAACAUCAGAAAAUUCAUACCGGAGAGAAACCUUAUGAGUGUAAAGAAUGUGGGAAAGCAUUCUGCCAAAGUACACACCUUACUCGACAUCAGAGAAUUCAUACUGGAGAAAAACCUUAUGAAUGUAAGGAUUGUGGGAAAGCAUUCUGCCAGAACACACAACUUACUCAACAUCAAAGAAUUCAUACUGGAGAAAAACCUUAUAUAUGCCAUGAAUGUGGGAAGGCUUUUCAUUGGAACAUACAACUUGCUCAACACCUGAGAAUUCAUACUGGAGAAAAACCUUACAAAUGUAAUGAAUGUGGGAAGGCCUUCUGCCAAAGCAGAGAAUUCAUUCGACACCAGAGAAUUCACACUGGAGAGAAACCUUUUCAAUGUAAUGAGUGUGGGAAGGCCUUCCGCCAGAGCACACACCUAACUGAACAUCAGAGAAUUCAUACUGGAGAAAAACCUUAUAAAUGUCAUGAAUGUGGAAAAGCCUUUCACUGGAGGAUUGGACUUACUCAGCAUCAGAGAGUUCAUACUGGAGAGAAACCUUAUAAAUGUCAUAAAUGUGAGAAGACCUUCCGUUGGAGCACACAACUUACUAAACACCAGACAAUUCAUAUUUGAGAGAGUUUUAUGGAUGCAAUUAAUGUGGAAAUCUUUUCUGCUAGAGUAUACACUUUACUUAACAUGAAAAAAUUUAUAUUGGAGAGGAUCAACUUUUUUAGGAUCACAAAAGUUUUUAGUUGGAAGGGACCUCAGUAGCUAUCUAGUCUAAUCCACAUGUGAAAAAGGAUGAAUUAUCCCUCUGUAAUAUACUCAACAAGCAGUCAUCUAGCUUGAUUGAAGAAUUUCAGUGUGGGGGUACCCACAGAUUCC